GACCAGAAGUGCUCCUGAAGCUACCGAGAUGCAUUCUGGGACACGUAGUCCUUUCCUAAGGCUGCGGACCUUUAAAAAAUGACUUAUGGCCUUUCUUCCGCUUGCCCCGGAUGUACUUCUGGGGGCGGGGUGGGGUGACAGAGGGCACGAAAGUGCUCGCCUAGGCGAGUGAGUUGGUCGCCGCCUGGAAGAGGUCACGGCCAGAGGCGUUGAGGGGGCGGCACCGCCAUGUUUGGCUGCUUGGUGGCCGGGCGGCUGGUGCAGACAGCCGCCCAGCAGGUAGCGGAAGACAAGUUUGUGUUCGACUUGCCCGACUAUGAAAGCAUCAACCACGUGGUGGUCUUCAUGCUGGGGACCGUGCCUUUUCCCGAGGGCAUGGGUGGGUCAGUCUACUUCUGCUUUCCCGACGAGAACGGGGUGGCGGUGUGGCAGCUGCUAGGCUUCGUGACAAAUGAGAAACCAAGUGCCAUCUUCAAAAUUUCUGGCUUAAAAUCCGGGAAAGGCAGCCAGCAUCCCUUUGGAGCCAUGAAUAUCCGUCAAACGCCAACCGUAGCCCAGAUUGGGAUUUCUGUGGAGCUGCUAGAACUCCUGACUCAGCAAACCCCCGUAGCGAGCGCAGCUGUAUCAUCAGUCAAUUCAUUCACAGAGUUCACACAAAAGAUGCUGGACAAUUUUUAUAACUUCGCUUCAUCGUUUGCCAUCACUCAGGCCCAGAUGACUCCAAACCCGUCUGAAGCUUUCAUUCCUGCUAACGUAGUUCUGAAAUGGUACGAGAAUUUCCAAAGACGACUAACUCAGAAUCCUUUCUUUUGGAAAACAUAAAUCCAAAGUCGAGUCGCUUGACGCGCGCUCGGAGACAAAUGGCGUCUUAAGAAUCAAAACAGAGUGAGCCUUCUAAGAACAUCCGGAUGGAAUAAUUGCAAAUCCAAGCCGAUGGGAAAACACUGCUUUCGUAAAAUCUUUGGGACUUUAUUUAAAAUUAAAAGCCCUUGAAAAGUAGUCAAUCGCAGGCUGGGUGUUUUCUUUGUUGUUGAAAAUGCGGAGCUGUAACAAGAACAAAUGGAUAAUUUGUUACAGAUAAAAUUAUGACUGUUGUGCCAUUGAACCAAGGAAACAAACAAGAAAGCUCCCUGGCUGAGUUCUUUGAUUCCUUUGGAUUUGACAUAUUAUGCAAAUAAAUUUUUGUUAAAAA